UGCACAUGUUCACGAAUAGAUUUCCCAAGAAGAUAAGACAAUGUACAUGAUGUAUAAAGAAAAUGGCAAACAGAUAAGUUGAAAGGAAAAUUGUUUUUAAUUCAGAGAAAAGCAUAAAUUAGAGAAAAUGGCAUCAAGUUUCAGUUCACAGGCGUCUUCAGAAGACACGCCUAGAUUCAUGUCAAUUUUAUCAGGAGAAUGGAUGGACCUUCCUGUAGAUUCAAGACAUGGAAAAUGUCGUAGUGUAAGUGACUUUGAAAAACUGAGCCGAGUGGGAGAGGGAACAUAUGGAAUAGUCUAUAGAGCCAGAGACAGACGAUCUAAUUAUAUCGUUGCUUUGAAAAAAAUGAGAAUGGAGAAAGAAAAAAACGGGAUUCCAAUCAGUGGUCUUCGGGAAAUUAACAUUUUGCUUAAUCUUCGACAUACGAAUAUUGUGGAAAUGUCUGAAGUUGUUGUAGGAAGGAGUCUUGAAAGCAUUUUCCUAGUGAUGGAAUACUGUGAACAGGACCUUGCUUCUUUAUUGGACAAUAUGUCUGCCCCAUUCACAGAAGCUCAGGUAAAAUGUAUUAUGAUACAGCUAUUAAAAGCAUUGAGAUAUCUGCAUGAAAAUUUUAUCCUUCACCGAGAUCUAAAAGUAUCAAACUUACUUAUGACAGACAAAGGCUGUGUUAAAAUAGCUGACUUUGGAUUGGCCAGGAAGUAUGCUUUCCCUGAACAACCAAUGACACCAAGAGUAGUAACUCUUUGGUACAGGGCACCAGAACUAUUAUUGGGAUCUAAGACACAGACAACAGCCUUAGAUAUGUGGUCUGCAGGCUGUAUAUUUGGUGAGUUGUUGGCUCAUAAGCCUCUCUUACCAGGUCGUUCUGAAAUUCAUCAAUUAGAAAUGACCAUAGAACUGUUUGGUACCCCAAGUGAGGCAAUCUGGCCAGGAUUCAAUGACUUACCGGGAAUGAAAGAUAUUACUUUGAAGAAACAACCAUACAACAACGUCCGUCAUACUUUCCCAUGGUUGACAGAUGCAGGAAUCAGACUUCUGAAUUAUUUGUUUAUGUACGAUCCAGAAAAACGAGCUUCUGCUGAGGAUGCUUUAGAUAGCUCAUAUUUCAAAGAACAGCCUUACCCGUGUGAACCAGAGUUUAUGCCAUCAUUUCCUCAUCAUCGGUUGAAACGCAAAGAAGAGUCAAGGGGACAAUAAUUUUGAAAGGACAAAAAAAUAAUUAUGGCUAGAAAUGUUGUAAAGUAAAUGUUAAAGUGCAAUCAAGGUAGAAUGUUAAUAUAAUAGAUGAAAAUUUAUUGCAAAAAAGAAAAAUGUAUGAACAUGUGAUGAAUGGAAAUUGAGAAUUUUAAUAUUGUUUCCAUCUUUAUAAGAAUCAGUUGAAGUAUAGUUUGAAUAGAAUGAUUAAGAGGAUUUAAAACAGUUGAAAUGCAAAUUAUGUACAUGUAUGGUUAUAAAACUGUAAACUAGUUGCAAUCACUGAAAAUCCAAAGAUCCUAAACUAAACAUGCAAUGAAAAAUUCAUGAUCAUUGUUAGACAUGUAUUUAAAAGGAAAAUAAAAGCAUUUUAGAGUAA